AUGGAUCAUCAAACGACAAGCACAACUUUACGUACCUCCAACAAGAAACCAGUGACCAAGGAUGAUUUGGAAGAACUGGAGUUGGAUUCGUUUAUCAAAGACGCUAAAAAGGACGACAUCAUUAUAGAAGAAGCUCAAACACUGAAUCCUAGAGAUUAUGGCAACUUUGCCCUGCUCGUCACAUUAUAUUUAUUACAGGGUAUUCCUAUCGGCCUCUGCUUUGGCUCGAUUCCAUUCCUACUGAAAGCAAAACUAUCUUAUUCCCAAAUCGCCAUCUUUUCAUUAUCAUCAUGGCCCUACUCACUCAAACUAUUAUGGUCACCUAUUGUCGACGCAGUGUAUACACCCAAACUGGGCCGCCGUAAAUCCUGGAUUGUGCCUAUUCAAAUCCUCACAGGCAUUCUGUUUUAUUUCCUCGGCAACAACAUCGACGCCAUGAUGAAUGCAGAUCAUGUCCCUAUUUAUGCAUUGACCUACUCCUUCUUGACGACCAUCUUCUUUUGCGCCACUCAAGAUAUCGCUGUCGAUGGCUGGGCACUCACACUGUUAUCAAAGGAGUCCUUAUCGUACGCAUCCACAGCACAAACGAUCGGUCUCAACUGUGGCUAUUUCUUGUCAUUCACCGUGUUCCUCAGUUUCAAUUCGUCGGAAUUCAGCAACAAAUAUUUGCGCAGCGUGCCUCAGGAGCUAGGUGUACUGCAAUUGGGAUCCUACAUGCGAUUCUGGUCCGUCAUGUAUAUGGUGGUUACUGCCUAUCUAGUAUUUUGCAAAAAGGAAACAGACAUCAAGGACGAGGAAGCACAAUUGGGUAUUCGAGGAGUGUAUUCGACUAUUUGGAAGAUUUGCAAACUGCCACACAUGCGCUCUUACGUUGGUGUUUUAUUGGUAUCCAAAAUUGGCUUUAUCUGUCAUGAAGCUGUAACAUCGCUCAAAUUGUUGGAAAAAGGAUUCUCAAGAGAGGAUUUAGCAUUAUCAGUGUUAUUGGAUUUCCCACUGCAGAUCUUUUUUGGCUAUUAUGCCGCAAAAUGGUCGAAUGGAGCUCGGCCACUGAAGCCUUGGUUGUAUGCGUUUUACGGCCGUCUGGCAUGUUCAGCAUUGGGUAUGUUGAUUGUUGCUGGAUACCCUCAAGAUCAGCCUGUCAGUGCGUUUUAUUUCGGGAUGAUUAUGCUCUCUACAGUGCUGAGCUCUUUUAUGUCGACUGUUCAAUUUGUCAGCAUCUCUGCGUUUAUGACAGGUAUUGCAGAUCCCAUCAUUGGCGGUACCUAUAUGACAUUGCUCAACACAUUCAGUAACUUUGGAGGAACUUGGCCCAAGUUUUUCGUAUUGGAAGCAGUGGAUUACUUUACAGUCAACACAUGCUCUGUACCAAACGAGGCAGGUGAAUUCCUAUCAUGUACAACAGAAACCGGCAAAGAUUGGUGCAAACAAGUCAAUGGCACAUGUCAAUUAGAACGGGAUGGCUAUUUCAUUGUGGGCACAUUAUGUGUGGUACUGGGCUUGGUCAUGCUGUUGGCUUAUAUCAAACCCAUUGUCAAGAGAUUAGAGAAAUAUCCCAAGAAGAUGUGGAGACUCAAUCCAGAAGGCAAAGAGUAG